CAAUGACCAUGUGUGAUACAAAGGAUUGAUAAUCCCGAUUAUUUUAAAUGUAGGACAAAACUAAUUUCUAUUAUUGUUCUUUUUUAGGACGAGUCUAAAAAUCACUCAAGUUGGUCUUGUUUGGUAAAAGGGUAUAUUUUAUGAGCAGAUAAGUCAAAUGUGAUGAGUGGUUUCACACUAUAAAUAAAUCAAAGCAUUGACCUCAUGAACGAUUACUUUUUACCGACAUUUUUUUGUAUAGUCAAACAUGCUUCUGUUUCAAUUCGAGAUUCAAAAAAUCAUAAAGAGAACUGCGUUAGUAUCUAUAAAAAAAAUAAGUUUAGAUUGCACUGCAUUCAAAUGAAUAGUUUGCUGUACCCAAGAACAUCCAGGCCAUAAGUAAAGGCAACCUUGCACUGCAAAGUACUAUGAAAUCAAAUUCUUGGUGAGGCCAUAUUUGUCAGAAAAUGAGUUGUGAUUCGAAGGCAUUGGCAUUCUUAAAGGAAAAAACAUAUGUCACCUCUCCCUUUACUUUUGUAGCCUUGAAGAGUCUUUUGUCUGGUUGUACUGAUUUGAUUAUAACGAAAAAAGUAGUUUGUUACAAGUUUUUAAGUAAUCUUAGAUCCUGUAAGAAAAACAAUUUCGCUUGUAGGUUUUUUUUUUCGGCUCUAUGGGAUAGUGUGUAAAAAAAGAAACAACUUUCUAUUAAAACCCAGCAGAUCUAUUAUUAUUAUUUUUUUUUUCUUGCAGUGGCAACAUGUUUAUAUAGGCAAUUUGAGACACGUUUUUACAUUUGGCUAUAAAUCUAGGUCCUACUGUGGAACGAAAUCAGAAAUAUUUGUCAUGUCAAUGCAUAAUAGAUCAGUGUUGGUAUACAACAACGACAACACGUGUAGACAGAAAACAAUGAAAACAAGACUGAAAUACAAGCAGGGGAACAGUCAUUGGUUAAAAUCAGGAGAGCUUAGGAUGUCUUGUGUGUAUAGUAAAUGAUCUGUAAAUAAAACAACAUUCUUUUUUUUUUU